AUGGAACAAAUCGGCAUUUCUAGAAGAGAACAAUCGCUUUCUCCAAGAAGUGCUGGCCAGCGUGAAAUGUCCUUUUCUCCAAAAAGGAGGAGUCCAUCUCCCAGAAAUAAUCGUAGUAGUGGAAGAGAUGAUAGAUACAGAGAUGAUCGAUAUCGCGACUAUCGAGACUAUCCUUAUCCUUACGAAAGAAGAGGCCCUCCGAGGAGAACUAAACCAAUUGAUCGUGGCACUGAAAAAGAAAGGAGCGAUACAACGACACUUUAUGUUGGCAAUAUACCAUAUACAUUUCAUGAGAAUGAUGUGGCUGAUAUGUUUGAAAGAUAUGGUCGGUUGAGGAAAGUCACCGUUCAAAUUGAUAAUUAUACUGGAAGAAAUAAAGGAUUCGCCUUUGUAGAAUUUGAAGAUAGGAAAGAUGCAGAAGAUGCGUAUGAUAAAUAUUAUGGUGCCAAUAUUGAAGGUCGUAGAUUAAAGUUAGAUUGGGAUAUUGGGUUAUCUAGAAAAGAUCAACACCGUAAAGAAAAACCUGAUGAUCGUGGAACUUCACCACCUGAAGUAAGGGAAUUAAGUCCAAAUUAUAGAUCUGGUGCUCAUUCAUCAAGUCCUUAUUCCCAUCAAUAUUAA